AUGAACGACGGCGGCCUCGCCGUCGUGCGGAUGAAGCCGCUUGGAGCUGGCGGUGGCGGUGGCGAGCGCAGUUCUGCGUCCGGCGCGCCAAGUGGUGUCACCUUCUCGGCGCCCAAAGCUGAGGUCACUGUUGAUGGACGACUUUUCAGCUAUCCGUCUCACGUGAUUGCUCCGGAGAUGGACCAGCAGGCGUUGUACGAUGCAUUCAUGCCAGUGAACAUGCAAGCCUUUGUGGAUGGAGUUAACGUAAAUGUGAUCGCCUACGGUCAGACUGGCUCUGGCAAGACGCACACGGUAUUUGGACCACCAGGGAUCCUAGCACGCGCUGCGGCUGGCGAGCUGGGAGACGGGGUCGAUCAGGACUACGGCCUCUUCCCACGAGGCGUACUCGGGGCUGUCGACACGGUGGGAAAGCUCCGCCAGGAGGGCAUUGCUGCAGUGUUGACGGCAAGCGCGGUCGAGCUCUCGAUCAUGGGCAAUGAGGAUAUGCUCGCGCGGUCGGAGACCGCCGUGCGGCGCGCUGCGAAUGAUGGCGCAGGCACGAGUCAAUGGAGCUCUGCAGCGCUCGGUGUUGCGCUCGACAAGGCCUCAGAUCCGCCACGACUCUGCGGCAUGACAGAGCUGCCACUUGACAGUCCCGCUGAUGUCCGGCUGCUCUGCGGUGCUCUGGCGACGCGUAACACGGCGGGCACGCUGAUGAACAACACGUCCUCGCGCUCACACUGCUUCGCAUUCCUCACGCUGCGCGUGCUCAAGGACGAAGCUGGUGUUGCGCGCGUGCGCACGUCGCGCUUCCAGUUUGUUGACCUUGCCGGGUCGGAGCGGCUCAAGGACGCCCACGGCGCCAGCGUAUCGUGGAAGGAGGGCGGCGAGGCGCUCAACGGGAUGCUCACCAACUACUCACUCACCAUGCUAUCUGCGUGCGUACGCGGGCUGGUCGAGGCAAAGCGUAAGCGGGCCAAGUUCUCGUUCCGUGCGUUCCUGAGUGACCUCGUGGACCUGCUGCAGGAGUCGAUGACGGGCGACGCGGCGACGGCGUGCUUUGUCUGCCUUAGCCAGGCGCCGACCAACCUCGUGCACAGCAAGUUUGCCCUCGACUUUGGUGAAGUGUUUGCGCAGCUCUCAGCACCGAGGCCGCGCGCGACCAAGCCGGUGCCACUUGCCCUCCUGGCGAAGCAGACCAACGCGACGCUGGGCGAGGCGCGGAGAGCGCUGCAAGGAUCAAAGAGCGGCGGCAGGUGCCGGCCGGCUUGGCUCUCGUCUGAGCAGAGAUGGCGGCUAAAGGCUGACCCGGACUGGGGGUAA